UUUAGUGGUUGCAGAAGUUAAGAGAUGGAAGAAAAGGUAUUGGAACUAACGCAUAAUUGGAGUGCCGAGCAGUGGGAUUGGCCCUUGCAGCAUAACGAUGACGUGAUUAAAGUGACCAAUACGAAUGAUAAGUUUGAAGUCAGUCUGGAUGCUUCAUUCUUCACACCGAAGGAAAUCGAGGUGAAAGUUGCUGGUGAUAAUCUGGUCAUUCACUGCAGACAUGAAUCACGUGCCGACCAAUACGGUGAAAUUAAACGUGAAAUUAGUCGUACCUAUAAGCUUCCGUCGGAUAUUGAUACGAAGACCCUGACAUCAACUUUGACCAAAAGAGGACAUCUGGUCAUCGUUGCCAAAAAGAAGGCAUGAUUUCUUUAAAAGCUCUUCACGCUCUCAUGAUUUAAGUUUUGCCCGAUAAACCUUCUGAACAUUUGUCCGGAUUUCUUGCUUAUCCAUUCUGUG